AUGACAAUAUCUACUUUCGAUCACGUGUCCGCCAGGCGACUUAGACGGAUUGCGCGUCAUCUCGCCUUCCCAAAUUUUUCUCUAGUGCUGCAGCUCGUUUCCAAAACAUCUUAAUCGACGGCGCGAAAGAUGUUUAACUCUGUGAACCUGGGCAACUUCUGUUCCCAGACGCGCAAGGACCGGACAUCCGAAUUUGGAGACAGGACGGGCUGCGCGUCCAAUCUCUACCUCCCCAGCUGCACUUACUACGUGCCCGAGUUCUCCGCCGUGUCGUCCUUCCUUCCGCAGGCCCCGUCCCGUCAGAUCAGCUACCCGUACUCUACUAACCUCUCUCAAGUGCAGCCGGUUCGGGAGGUGUCCUACGGCUUGGAUCCGGCCGCUAAAUGGCACCACCGGAGCAAUUACGCAUCGUGCUACCCGGCCGGAGAGGAGCUGGUGCAUAGGGACUGCCUUCCGCCCUCCACCAUGACAGAAAUGCUCAUGAAGAACGACAGCGUGUACAGCCACCACCAUGCACAUCACCACCACCACCACCCGGGCUCCAACCACCCCUCCGCGGGCUUCUACUCCGGCGUGGCCAAGAACAACGUCCUCCCGCAGGGCUUCGAUCGCUUCUUCGAGACGGCGUACUGCAGCAGCACGGACAAUCAGACGGACACUUGUUUACAAAAGGCCGAGGGGGGGAAGCUGCAGGGCGGUGGCGGUGGUGGUGGCGGAGGGAGCGGCGACCCCCAGCCGCAGCAGUCCGCCUCCGCGAGCUCGGUUCAGGCCGCCUCGGAGCAGGACAAAGACGCGGAAGACGACGAUCCGGACGAGGAGCACACCAACUCGGGUUCUUGCACGUCGAGCUCCGCGGCCACCAAGGAAGGCACCGGAGCCAAGAGCAGCCACUCCAGCACUCCGCGUACAAGGAAGAAGAGAUGUCCCUAUUCCAAGUUCCAAAUCCGGGAGCUGGAGCGAGAGUUCUUCUUCAACGUUUACAUCAACAAAGAGAAACGUUUGCAGCUAUCCCGCAUGCUAAACCUCACCGACCGUCAGGUUAAAAUCUGGUUUCAAAACAGACGAAUGAAGGAGAAAAAGCUAAGCAGGGAUCGCCUGCAGUACUUCUCCGGGAACCCUUUGUUGUGA